AUGGCAAGAGUAGACGAUGAAGAGAUGGCAGGCGACAAUAAUGUCAUUGCGGGAAGGCGAAUCCAUCGCACGCUCAGUAGUAAUCGCACCGCUCUGAUCCUCUACGGCUCCGAGACAGGCAAUGCUCAAGACAUCGCCGAAGAGGUUGGCCGUCUAACAGAAAGAUUGCAUUUUGACUCGACGGUCCUCGACCUCGAUUCCGUCCAAUUACGACAUGUUGUCAAGCCCAGUCUCGUCAUCUUUGUCCUCUCCACCGCCGGGCAAGGGGAGAUGCCUCAGAAUGCCCGUGUCUUUUGGAAGACGCUGCUCAGUAGUGCGUUGAGACCGGGCGUUCUCAGAAAGCUGCGCUUCUCUUCAUUUGGCCUGGGAGAUUCUUCAUAUGCACAGUUUAAUGUYGCCCAUCGAAUGCUCCAUGGACGAUUACUGCAACUCGGUGCGCAGACUUUCUGUGAGAGAGGCGAAGGGAAUGAACAGCAUCCUGAAGGACACAGUGCAGGUUUCAGGGAGUGGGUGGUGCAACUUCAGCAGAAACUCGUUGAAAACUUCCCACUUCCUCAUGGUCUGGAACCCGUUGCGGAGGAUGUCUUUAUCGAGCCAAAGUGGAAGCUGGAAGUCUUGUCAUCAUCUGAUUCAUCUCAAUACACAAACGGCACGCACGCAAAAGACGAUACAGACCCGGAAGUCCCUCCUCCCACAGUUCUUCUCCCUCUAGUAGAAGGCCACACAGCACAAGUCGUCUCCAACACCCGACUCACCUCCGCCGACCACUUUCAAGACGUCCGCCUUCUGGACCUCCACCUUCAAGAAAGCGUCCCAUACGGCCCAGGAGCAGUCGCAGUCAUCCAUCCAAAGAACUUUCCCGCAGAUGUCUCCAACUUCAUCGACCUCAUGAACUGGACCGACAUCGCUCACACUCCCUUAAAUGUCAUCCCAACGACUCCUAUCAAACCGCUCUCCACACCCUCUCCACUCCGCCAUUUCGACCUCUCCCACACAACACUAACGCUCCAUUACCUUCUCACAAACGUGUUGGACAUCAUGUCAAUACCCCGUCGUUCCUUCUUCGCUUCCCUCCUACACUUCGCAGGCACAGCCACCGAAGACGAGGCCUUCCAAAAGGAACGGUUGGUGGAACUUGCCAACCCGGAACUCAUCGACGAGCUAUGGGAUUACACCACCCGUCCCAAACGUACAAUCCUAGAAGUUUUGAUGGAUUUCACCACUCUCAAGAUACCUUGGRAAUGCCUCCUUUCCAUCAUUCCGAUCAUGCGAGGGCGGCAGUUUAGUAUCGCUUCUGGUGGGCAUCUCACGAGKAAUGCCGAUGGGAACACGAGAGUACAAUUGUUGAUCGCGAUUGCCGAUCCUCCCAGUCCGAUCAUCAAGUGGAGAAGACGUUAUGGUGUUUGUACGAGAUACGUCAAGACUUGGGAGGUGGGAGUGGAUGUUUGCAUCAAGAUUGAACAAGGAUAUCUUGAUGUCAGGAAGGAGGAGAGUGGUACUCCUGUGGUGUUGAUUGGACCUGGAACGGGUGUUGCGCCGUUGAGGAGUUUGAUCCAUCAGAAACUUGCUUGGAAGAAGGAGGGAGUACAGCAGGGAGAGAUUAUGUUGUUUUUCGGCUGMAGGAGUCGAGAGACGGACUUUUUCUUCAAAGAUGAAUGGGAUGCUAUUAAAGAGGCUGGUGAGGGCAUGUUAGAAGUCUUUCCGGCUUUCUCGAGGCCCGGCAAGGAGAGUGGCGAGAAGAGGGCUUACGUCCAAGAUCUGAUCCGACAAGAGGGAAAGAGGGUUGUGGAGGCGAUUGUGGGGCAAGGAGGGAAGGUCUAUGUUUGUGGGAGUUCGGGAGCUAUGCCUAAAGGUGUUAGGGAGGCGCUUGUCGAGGUGCUGAUGAGGGAGAUGGAGUGGGAUAGGGAGGCAGGGGAGAGGUGGUUGGGCAGGAUGGAGAAGGAGGGGAGAUUUUUGCAGGAGACUUGGUGA